CGUGUUUUGUUUGAGUUUUGUGUUUUCGUUUCCAAAGGGUCUGAGUCUGGAUUCUCAGAGGAAUUAUCUGGAUUUUUACAAGAACAGCUUGAAUCAGAAUCAAGAACUGUUGGAUUCACGAUAUGUAGCGGAAGAAGAGGAAGAUAAUCAAGGGUUUCGAAUUGGGUUGCAUGGGUUUCCGUUUCACGGUGGAUUAGCUGGGGAGGCGGCGGCGGCGGCGGUGCAACCUCUGCUUCCGCCGCAGAAGAAACGGUCGUAUUUGUUUUCUUUGGUGGAAGACGAAAAUGCAACGGAUGAGAAAAUGGGAGGAAGUUAUCAGUACGAACAUCAAGAACUCUGCCGGCGGCAGUCACCGGUGGGUGGGUCGUCGAGAUUGGGGUUGAGAAACUCCGGUGGCGAAAUUGUGGAAGUUCACGGUGGUCACAUUGUACGGUCAACUGGUCGGAAAGAUAGACACAGUAAAGUAUGCACCGCGAAAGGACCGAGAGAUCGCCGUGUCCGCCUCGCCGCCCACACUGCCAUCCAAUUCUACGACGUACAAGACCGCCUGGGGUACGACCGUCCGAGCAAAGCCGUCGACUGGCUUAUUAAAAAAGCCAAAACCGCCAUUGAUGAGCUCGACGAGCUUCCGGCCUGGAAACCCACUUCCACCACCGCCGCCACAAAUUCAACUUCAAUUUUGAAUUUUGAACAACACCCAAAUGAUUGCAUUAUUGAUAAUCAAAUGAGUAACGCUCAAAAUUCAAGCUUUUUACCUCCAUCUCUUGAUUCAGACUCCAUAGCUGAUACGAUUAAGUCGUUUUUUCCGAUGGGUGGUUCCUCAACACCGCACAACAGUAACUCGUCGGCAAUGCAAUUUCAUCAGAGCUUCUCACCGACGGAUUUUCUUUCAAGAAGUAGUAAUCAAACUCAAGAUCUAAGACUCUCUCUUCAAUCAUUCAAAGAUCCGAUGCUUCACCACCACCACCACCACCAACAGACCGAAGAAGGUAACAGUAUGUUUCUAGAUGGCUCCGGCUGGCCGGAAAGAAUGGUGGGUUGGGGCGGUGGUGCUUCCGGUGGCUUUCCCUUCAGUUCGCCGCCAACACAAACAACGCCGUUCCUACAGAAUGAUUUGUUUAAUAACAAUUCUCAGAGGGGACCCCUUCAGUCCAGUAACACAUCUUCAGUUCGUGCUUGGAUCGACCAGCCACCGUUCGUCGGCGCUGCGGCAGUUGACCACCCGUCUUCUAUGUCCGGUUUCACUUCCGGCGUAGGUGGGUUCUCUGGGUAUCUUAUUCCGGCACGUAUUGAAGGUGAACAAGAGGAAGACGACGGCAUCUCUGAUAAACCGUCCUCUGCUUCCUCUGAUUCUCGCCAUUGAUUCACCUUCAUUCUUUAUAAUCUUCUCUAGAACAGGAUCAAUUACAGUUUUACGAAAACAGAGGAUAAAAAAGAUGAUUCAGCUUCACAGAGUCAAAUCAAUGGCCGCUACUACUACUUUUUCAAGAUUUUUGUAUUUUGUUUUAAUCGAGCAUAUGUUUAACUCUAAACUCCAUGCUAAAUUAUUUUUGAAUUACAUCUGCUCUUAGUUUAUGUACGCUAAUUGGGAUCGAAAUUAAUACUCUGCUAAAACAGAGCAAUAUAUAUGUUUUGAUUAUGCAUUC